AUGAUCUACGGUGCCAACAAUGAUAGCUGUGAAAAGGAUAGCCACAGCAGCAGCUACUCUAAUCUUGAGGAUGACAGUCUAAUGUCCCUUUUGGCAUUUCCGCUGCCCUCCUUGGAUCAAUUUGAUUCGUUUGAAGAUCCUUUUGACAAUCCAAGCAUGGAACCUUUACCCCUCGGAUCGCAAGCACAAGUUCCAGCACUGGUUCAUUCAAGUUCUGAUUCCAACGUCAUGAACGAAAGCUCCAGCACGAAGGAUCCAACAGGCACUACUAAUAGCCAUGUACAAGAUCUCAUCAACAUUCUAAACCCUCUCACAAAUUCUGUGGGGUCAAAGAGAACCACCAACGACACCGAUUACUACGUGCCUACUCGUAGCACCAAAGUCAACGGACGACGACUCCAGGCAAAGGGAGACCCAGUGGAGAGCGCAGUUCCAAAAGCUCGUCAAGUACAAGCUUGA